GUUCGAAUAUUUCUGCCAGGAAAUGGAAGGAUUCUCUAGCUCGAGGAACAAGAAGAAGACGAAAAAUCGGCCGCUAAAAAAACUCACCAGCAAUUGACUGUGUCUCUCACCGCUCCGACAAGCCACUCCCGCCAUGGAAGAAGAGCAGGAGCUCCUCUCCCGAAUCCUCGCGGACCUUGAAGAAGCUCGAGACAGCAACAGCAGCAGCCAUACUCCCUCGCCGCCGCUCUCCCGUUCGACUCUCCUCGAUCUUCAAUCCAUCUUAAACGCCGACGAUGCCGCCGAUCUACUUGAUCAAUUCUUCUCCCGCCUUUCAUCCAAAUCGCUCUCGCCGUCUUCUCUCCUCCCGCCUCUCACCUCCGCUAUGGACUCCGGCCCUAUUUCCAUCUCCCUCUUGUCAUCCCAAGCCUAUCUGUCCCUCCUCCUUUGCCCUAACUCUCCUGUCUUCACUCUCUUCAACCCGAUGUGGUUUCUUUCUCUCCUCCGCUCCCUCCGCCGCGCGCUCAAGAACCCGCCGCCGGGCGUGCAAGGCGACGACCCGCCUUCCUCGUCGGGUCGGGCGGGUGGUUUGAAGAGGAAGAAGGCACGGGGAGGGAGGAAUACCAGAGGUAAAAAUGAUGAUGAAGAUGAAGAUGGAGGCGGCGGAGAGAGUCAGGUGAGGAAUGCGAAAUUGUUCUACAGCGUUCUCGAGAAAUUAGGUUCAGUUUUGGAUUUGAUUCAUUUGAGUAGGUUCCCCGAUAGUUUGAAGUCUCUGGUUCAGACUGUAGUGGAGAUUCCUGUUUUAGCUUCGGAAACAUUAGGCAGUUCGUCGGGUAGCUCCACUGGAUUGGAAAAUUUGUGCUCGAGGAUUUUGAAUCGAGUGUUGAAACCCGAGCACGGCGACCAAGGGGAGACCGCAGCGGAAUUGCUGAAGUCGUUGACGCCAUUGAUAUUGUCCGUGAAAUCGCACUCUAGGAGCUUUGCCUUAGGCUUCGUGAAGAAUUUGGUGACGGGUUUAGCUAGAAGAAUCGAAGGUGUGAACAAGGCUUGCGUCAAUUUACCACGGUAUCUGGUGACGAAGGCGCCGGAGAAGGCUGAACCCCGUGGGUUGGCUGUGGAGGCCAUAAUCGAUAUUGUGAAGGUUAUGGAGGUGAAUGAUCAAAUUGUGUUUGUGGAGUAUGUUGUGAAGAUGAGCGAAGGGAAGGCUAAUCUUAGAAUCUUGGCGGUGGACUUGAUGUUGAAUCUGUUACUGCUGUUGAAAGAUCCAUUUGGGUUGAGCUCUGAUUGUGAGCCGGAAGGCAGCUGGGGAUUCAAGUGUUUCGAGGCGCUGAUCCAGCGGUGUUCGGAUUCAAGUGCUCUAAUUAGAGCUCGUGGGUUGUCAAAUUUGGCGCAGUUGGUGGGAUUUCUGUCUUCUGAUGAUAGGAAUCAUGCUGUUCUGAGACGUGCCAUGGGGUUUGGAGAAGUGAAUAUGGAGAAGGGCGAGAGUAGGAUCGAUGAUCUAUUGAGAAGGCGGUGUAUGGAUGAGAAAUCAAACGUUAGGAGAGCUGCACUUCUCCUAGUCAGCAAGUUGACUGCUAUUUUUGGUGGCAAUUUGGAUGGAAUUGUGCUCAGAACUAUGGGAAUGGCUUGUUCCGAUCCACUUGUGAGCAUACGCAAAGCAGCAAUAUCAGCUCUGUCACAGGCCUUCAGAACAUAUUCAGAUGAAAUUGUGAUUACCGAGUGGCUUCACUGCGUACCUCGUUUAAUAGCAGAUAAUGAGACUAGCAUUCAAGAAGAGUGUGAGAACUUGUUCCUGGAACUAGUCCUGGAUCGUGUUUCAAAAGCAGGAAGUGAUCCCAGGUUACAUAAUGCUUCCAGUUUAUCCCAUUCCGAGUCACACAAAAUCGGAGUAGACAGAAAGAUGGAGUUGCUAUUUCCUGAUGGAGUUCUGCUCAUUCUGAAAACAAUCUGCGAUGGAGAGGUGACACCUUGGGUUAAGAAAAUCUGCAGUAGUCUUGGGAAGAAGGAACGACUCAAGGAUGUGAUUGCUAGUUCACUACAGAAUAUCAUAAGAACUUCUGAGUCUAACUGGUUGAGCCAUUCAAUGCCAAUAGAUAAGUGGACAGCUCCAGCUGGUGCCUGGCUUCUUUUAUCUGAGGUGUCCGCACACCUGUCGGAUGCAGUGGACUGGAAGUUUCUCCAUCACCAUUGGCGACUCCUUGACAAGUUUGGAGCAGCCAACGAGUUUGAUCCGGAAGAAGAUUUGACUCAUGAUGAAGGCAAUAAAAAUUCCAAUUCGGUUGCGUGGGUAGGGGAUCGUGUUUUUCUGCUGCAAACAAUCUCUAAUGUUUCUGAGAAGCUGCCUUUAGAGCCUGCUGCUGAUUUAGCUUAUAAUCUGCUCAAACGAAUUGAGGACUUCAAUAUGCACUCGACCGAGGUUAAUGCACAUGUUAAAGCCCUGAGAACAAUAUGCAAACGGAAUGCUCAACAUCCUGCUGAGGCAGAAACAAUGGUUAGCAAAUGGGUACAAGAGGUUCUUUCAGAGGCUGUUAAUAUACUGGAAAACUACAUGGAUGAAAGUUUGAGAACGAACAACGAUAACAGCUUGCUCACACCACCCAGAAGUGGAAUUAGAAAGAGCAAGAGAGCAGCAGCAGCUUCCAGACAACUGGCAGAAACAGUGAAUGCAGUUCAGACCAUAGGAUCUCUGGUUCUUGUUUAUCCUUCAGCUGAUAUGAGUGAUGUUAUUCCUCUACUAUACACAAUAAUCACGUCUGGAAAUUCUGAUCCCAAGUUGAGCAAGCUCCCUGGGCCGGUGGUCCCAGUUAAAGAGACAGCCCCCUCUUUGUAUAUUCAGGCGUGGUUGACAAUGGGGAAGAUUUGCUUAGCAGACGGGAAACUUGUGAAGAACUAUAUACCUUUGUUUGUUCAGGAGCUCGAGAAAAGUGAUCUUGCACCACUUCGCAACAAUCUCGUAGUUACAAUGGCGGACUUCUGUGUUCGCUAUACUGCACUUGUGGACUGUUACAUACCAAAGAUCACCAAGUGCCUCCGCGACCCAUGUGAACUAGUGAGGCGGCAGACGUUCAUCCUGCUCUCAAGAUUGCUUCAGAGGGACUAUGUGAAGUGGAGAGGAGUGCUCUUCCUCAGAUUCCUCCUUGCUCUUGUCGAUGAGUCGGAGAAGAUAAGGCAAUUGGCAGACUUCCUAUUCAGCAACAUUCUGAAAGUCAAGGCGCCGCUGUUAGCUUACAACAGCUUUGUGGAAGCCGUGUUCGUGCUGAACGAUUGCAAUGCUCACACCGGGUCUAAGAACACUCGAACCGAAGAUAGCCAAUUCUCCAUCAGGGGCAAUGACGAGAGUUCAAGGUCCAAAAGAAUGCACAUAUAUGUCUCCCUGCUCAAGCAGAUGGCUCCUGAGCAUCUCUUGGCUACAUUUGCGAAACUCUGCUCCGAGAUUCUCGCUGCUGCUUCUGAUGGAAUGCUCAAGCUGGAUGAUAUCACCGGACAGGCUGUUCUUCAGGACGCUUUCCAAGUCCUGGCCUGCAAAGAGAUCAGAAUCCAACCGGCCAGGGGAUCGACCGCGGAUGACGCCGGCGAGGAAGAAAGCAGCGGCGGAGAUGGCAACGGGAUGUCAGCAAAAGGAAGGGCAAUAACGCAAGCCAUAAGGAAGAGCUUGAUCCAGAACACGAUUCCGAUCUUCAUCGAGCUCAAGCGGCUGCUGGAGAGCAAGAACAGCCCGCUCAUCGGCUCCCUAAUGGAGUGCCUCCGCGUGCUCCUGAAAGACUACAAGAACGAGAUCGACGAGAUCCUGAUCGCCGACAAGCAGCUGCAGAAGGAGCUCGCCUACGACAUGCAGCGGUACGAAGCUGCCAAGGCCAAGUGCGCCGCCGCCUACGAAUCCGCCGCCUCCGGGGGCCCGUGCGGUACUGGCGGCGCUGGGUUUCUUUCGCCGAAGGACAAAAGGGUGGCAUCGGCGGUGGCGGACAAGGCUGCGGAGGUGACGGCGAGAUCGGUUUUGAGAGAGGUGAAUAGUGGCGUUCCGACGCCGCCGUUGAGUGCUAUCAGUGUGCCGAAGCUGAAGAUGACUGCUGACGCAACGGUGGGGAAGAGCGGCGGCUCUGGGUUGCCGUCGGCUCGGUCCGCCGAGGUUUUGGAGUCACUCAGGAGGCGGCAGACGUUCAUGUCCGAUGAUGACAGUUGA